AGCAUGUACCUUCUGUGUUAUUACAAAAAUCACUACAGUGCAGAAUAACAAUAUCGUGUUUUGCCCUAAAACACCGACUGAUUUUGAAUAAAAGUGAAACAAAUCUUUUAAUAAAAUCCAAAGAUAAAGUGUUCAAUGUGAAGCGAUAAAAAAUGCUAACGAAUAAGAUUUUUAUGCGGAAAACUAAACGAGGCAAUAUACUCAAGAUUGUCCGUGAACAUUAUCUCCGCGAUGAUAUUUGGUGUGGUUCAGCGCUUUGUCUAAUGUGUGAACACCGUGCACAUGACAAAGUUUUGGAUGAAGUUCCCGAAUCAGCGAAUCCCAAUUUUCCGUUUCCACACUAUUUGGUGUUGGACACAAAUGUUGUACUCGAUCAAAUCGAUAUCUUUGAAGAGGAAGCUUUGUGCAACAUUAUCAUUUUGCAUACGGUCUUAAAUGAAGUGAAGCAUAAAAGUGCGGCCGUUUUCAAGAAAUUACGAAACGUCAUUUCCGAUCAGACGAGAAAAGUGUACACAUUCGUCAACGAACAUCACAAAGACACUUAUGUUGAACGUCAACCGGGCGAGACGGCCAAUGAUCGAAAUGAUCGUGCGAUUCGUGUGGCAACCGCAUGGUAUGAGUCUCAUUUAAAAAAGAGUUUCGAAAACGAUACCAAGUUGCGAGUAGUUUUGUUGAGUGAUGACAAACAAAAUUUGGAAAAAGCACGUGCCGACGGUAUUCUGUGCAGUACAGUUGGUGACUAUGUACGUGGUUUGGAUAAACAUCCAACAUUACAAGAUAAACUAUCGUUGAAAGGAUUCUCCAGUCAAGAUAAGAAAGAAGCCAUUUUUCCACCGCAUUUAACCGUUACCGAAAUUCACGAUGGAAUCAAAAGUGGUAAAUUGAUUCAAGGCAGUUUUGCAGCGUCACGUGAAAAUUACCUCGAAGGUUUUGUGAAUGUAGAGGGAAUGGAAAAAUCGAUUUUAUUACAAGGUCACGAUGGUCUGAAUCGAGCUGUAGACGGAGACAUUGUGGCAGUCGAACUGUUUGAUGAGAGUUCAUGGAAGGCACCAAGUGAGUUAAUUUUGCAAGAUGAUCAAGACGAUCCGGGCGAUGUACUCGAACAAGUGAAUUUACCGGCCGUCGAAAUACCGACCGAAGACAAACAACCAACUGGAAAAGUGGUCGGUAUUAUUCGUCGAAAAUGGCGUCAAUACUGUGGUAUUUUGCAAAUAAAUCCAAUUCCGGGUUCGACACGUCACCUUUUUGUACCGGCAGAAAAGAAAAUCCCAAAAGUUCGUAUCGAAACACGUCAAUCGGAACAAUUGAAAUCACAACGAAUUAUAAUCGCAAUCGAUCAAUGGCCACGGCAUUCACGGUAUCCACAAGGUCAUUUCGUACGUGCACUUGGACAAUUGGGCGAUAAAGAAACCGAAAAUGAAGUAUUAUUGCUUGAACAUGAUGUACCACACAGUAAAUUUUCAAAAGAAGUGCUCAGUUUUCUACCAACACUACCUUGGACAAUUACAGAAGAAGAUGUGGCCAAACGUGUUGAUUUACGUCAUAUAACUAUAUGCUCUGUGGAUCCACCAGGGUGCACCGAUAUCGAUGAUGCUUUACAUUGUCGCAAAUUACCGAAUGGAAACUUUGAUGUUGGCGUUCAUAUUGCUGAUGUAAGUCAUUUUAUUCGACCGGGAAAUGCGCUCGAUAAAGAAGCUGCCUCAAGAGCGACCACCGUUUAUUUGGUUGAUAAACGUAUUGAUAUGGUACCCGAAUUGCUCAGUUCGAAUUUGUGCUCAUUGCGUGGCGGUGUGGAACGAUUUGCAUUCUCAUGUGUUUGGGAAAUUGACGAGAAUGCCAAUAUUGUGAAUACAAAAUAUCAUAAGAGUAUCAUUAAAUCGAAGAAGGCUAUGACAUACGAAGAGGCACAACUAAUCAUAGAUGAUGAAACACAGCAACAUGAUAUUGCAGAAUCACUUAGAGGUUUGAAUGGAUUGGCAAAGAUCCUCAAGAAGAGACGUACUGAAAAUGGUGCUUUAGUAUUGGCCUCGCCCGAAAUCCGGUUCCAAGUCGAUUCGGAGACGCAAGAUCCAAUCGAAGUUGAAGUAAAGAAAAUGCGCGAAACAAAUUCAAUGGUUGAAGAGUUCAUGUUGUUGGCGAAUAUAAGCGUAGCCGAAAAGAUCGAAAGUGAAUUCCCCGAAUUUGCCAUGCUGCGUCGGCAUCCAGAACCACCACAAACAAACUUUGAGCCACUCAUCAAAGCGGCCAAGCAUCUUGGUUUUGACAUUGACACUUCAUGCGGUAAGAAGUUAGCCGAAUCAUUGGACGCAGCGGUCCGUAAAGAUAAUCCAUAUUUCAAUACAAUGUUACGGAUUUUGGCAACACGUUGCAUGAUGCAGGCUGUUUACUUCAUCAGUGGUACUUUACAAAAAGAUGAAUUCUUCCAUUAUGGUUUGGCUGCACCGAUCUAUACACAUUUCACGUCUCCAAUUCGACGAUAUGCUGAUAUAAUUGUGCAUCGUUUAUUGGCGGCUUGUAUCGGCGCCGACAGCACCUAUUCCGAAUUGUUGGAUAAACGAAAGACUGCACUAUUGUGCAAUAACCUCAACUAUAGAAAUCGUAUGGCACAGUAUGCGGGCAGAGCUUCGGUUAGUUUGAAUACACAUUUAUUCUUCCGCGGUCGUACUCAAGAGGAAAACGGUUAUAUUCUAUUCGUACGGAAAAAUGCGCUACAAAUUUUAAUUCCAAAGUUUGGUUUGGAGGGAACGAUUUAUCUGAGUGGCAAGAAAGGAGUCACACACAAAUCUGGCAUUCAAUUUGUGUUCGAUGAAGAGGAUCACACACAACGGUACAAAGAUUUUGUUUUCCGUGCUUUCGAUCCGGUUGUGAUUCGAUUGAGUUUAGACACCUCGAACGUGCAACGUGAAAAGAUUGUAUUUGAAUUGGUAAAACCAUUCAUUGAAGGCUUUAGCGUCGAACCGAUGGAAGUGGAGGCAAGCGAAGAACAAACGCCGGCCAAACGAAAAGUCGAAGAAAUAAGUGCCACAGCAGACGACAUAGAAACAAAUGAAAGUUCAACAUCCAAAACAAAAACGAAAAAGAAUAAAAAAACCAAGAAAUGAUUAUUCAAAUGUUUGAAUCUUGACAAAAUCGUUAUUGAUUUGUUGUUUUUUUAGCGGUAAGCCAUUGUUCUACCGACUUUCAGUUUCUUUUAUUGAAAUAAAUAAAUUACAAAAUUAAAAUUA